AUGAGCAAUGUGGUGGUUUCAUUAUUACUGUUUCUUUCCAAAAUACGGUUCUUUCGUCUUCUUCCUCCUUGCGUUCUCUCCCGCUCAAUUGAUCUCCCUCCAAAUUCUCCGUCAAGAACUGGCCAAAUUCUCAGUCUCUCGUUAGAAGGUGAAGUCAAUUUAUUUCUGAUGGUUAUCAAGGGACAAAGUGGUAGCAGCAGCAAACGUAGGGAAAAACGCGUGGAAGUUGCUCGGAAUAGUAAGCUAAAGGGCAAAGACCCUGUCGUCGAUGAAGAAAUGGAAGAAGAUGAGGAAGGGCGAUCACUGUCUGGGGAUGACAGUGAAGAAUCUGUUUUUGACGGGGAUGCAUAUGAAGAUGUUGAAGAUGAUGAAUAUGAGGAUGAGAUAUAUGAGGACGAAGAAUUCGAGGAUGAAUUAUGCCAGAGAACAGUGAAACGUGCGCCAAAGAAAAGGCAAUCUGCUAAAAGCAGGAGGGUUAUUUCAUACGAUGAAGUAGAGGAGGAAGAAGAUAUAGAAGACGAAGACGGUGAAUAUAUGGAUGGUGGGUAUGAAGAUGAAGGAGAGGAUGUUGUUGUUCGCGUUCAGAAAAGAGGGAAGAGUUGGAAGGAGGUCGGGCAGAAUGCUUUGAAGAAGAAGGCACAUCUGCAGAUGAUGCGGAAGAGGCGUAGAGAGGAUUAUGAUGAUGUUGACGAGGGAAGGAGACCUGUGAAGAAGACGAUACUUCCUGCGAUGAAGAAGAUGGGUAGGAAGUUUGAUGAAACAGGGGUAGCAAAAGGAAAGCCCCCUGCAAAACAGAAGGCAAUCAGAGGGAAUAACAGGAGGAUGUUUGUGCGGGUACCGAUUCCCAAACAUCCUAUGUCUAGGGGUGAGUAUGCGAAGUUUCACGGCGUGGUAGUUGCUACUCAGCGGGCUAAUUGUGGCCGGAAGAUUUUCUACCUAGACCAUUUAUGCAGGCAUCCUGUGAGAUGGGAUGAGUUUCCCAGGAUCAAAGUCUGGACACAGGAGGAAGUGGAUGAGGCCAAGAAUCGGGAUAGGAAAGCGAGUGAAGAUUAUGGAAGGAUUACGACUGUUGAUGUUGUGUACGGGGAUCUGAAGGAAAUAAUGGAGGGUAGACGGUCUCCCGCAGUAGAGGUUGCUGAGAUGGUAGCACAGAUGACUUCUUCAGAAUGGAGACGCACCCUAACUCAGGAGGUCACAGAGAUGUGGGAUAAUUUUCAAAUACUGAGUGUUAGUGAUAAACAGCUUGCUCCAUUAUUGCAAGAUCGCCGGGGCGUAUCCCGUGAAAGAGGAAUGAGGUCAUAUCAUGCUACCGAUCAUUUGACGAUAGAUGUUGAUGGUGUGGCUAUGCCGUUGGACCAGUCUGUGAAUAAGGUGCUUACAGAGUUGGAUGCCGAUGACGAUUCUGAUGUGGAGUUGCAACCGUCUGAUGGGGGACGUGUAUUUGUGGGCCCUCAUCAACUGACCCAGAAACAAGCAAGCACCCGGUCGACCAGACACAACAGCACGUACAGGUUCAAGCUGGUGACGGGCCACUUCCAGAUGGAAUGUCAUCGGAGAAGGUGGGACAACUGGGUGUAG